AUGGCCGCGCAUGCUACAGUCAAGCCAGGAGAGCAGCGGAAACUUGGCCUAGGCCUGGAUGACUUUUUCCCUACCGGGCUCGGAGUACAGCAGUACACGGACGCAGACUGCAAGGAGAUAUGCCGUAUACUGCUCGAGGAGCUUGGCCCUCCAUACAGUACCGUACCACGAAUCUACAUCGUGCUUCGAAUCAUCGACCAGGUCUCAUUGUUACCCAAGUUCACCAGCAUAGGCUGUACCGACCUCUGGUUCCCCUUCAAUAAGCAGUCGCUACCCAGGUCGUUGUCUCAGUCGCACCAGGACCUUUUCCUCGAGGUACAGGGUAGGGUCAUCACAAAAGGCCUUGAUCUGGAAAACGAUGAGAAGAAGCAUGUGCACUUUGUCAAAGGUGAAGAGCUCCCUCUUCUUGAAAAGGGCAUGAUCGCGAAAGGUGGCUAUGGCGUUGUCGAUAAAGUACAAAGCCAAUUAUCCGGCCGCGAAUAUGCUCGAAAGUCUUUUCGAAGGGGAGGCACGCGGACAAGUGACCUCAAAUCCUUCGCGACGGAGCUCCAGGUCCUCAAGCGUAUCAAUCACCAACACUGUGUGGAGCUUGUCGCCAGCUACACCGAUCCCAAGUUUUUCGGCUUUCUCAUGCUUCCUGUAGCCGAAUGUGAUCUUGAGCAGUAUUUCACACUAGCCAUGAACGAGGACGAGUACAAGCUGGUGUUGAACAAGGCUUUUGGCUGCUUGGCUUCUGCCUUGGCAUAUCUCCAUGAAGAGCGAAUUCGACACCGCGACAUAAAACCGUCGAAUAUUCUGAUCAAGAAAGGCCAAGUAUACUUUACAGAUUUCGGCAUCUCUCUUGAUUGGCAAGACCGUACCCGCAGUACUACGACAGGGAACUUUGGUAAAAGCAUUCCAUAUUGUGCGCCUGAAGUUCAGAACUACGAGAAGAGGAACUCCAAGUCUGACGUCUUCUCCUUGGGCUGCGUAUUCGUCGAGAUUUUGACGGCACUCUGCGGGCGAACAAUCAGAGAUAUGCGCGAUACGUUCAAGCGCAAAACUGAAACGUUCUGGUUUUCAAACAAUAUCGCUUCUGCCAAGGAAUGGAUCCGGGACUUGAAGACGUCGCUGGACCAGGCGCCAAUCAUAGACUGGAUCGAUAGGACUGUUGCUCUGCACGAAGAUGCACGUAUGACGUCGGUUGACCUGUACAAAACAAUAUGCAGCCCACAAGCGGCCCUUCACUAUUGCUGUGAGCACUGCUUGCUGGAAGACGAUUCCUCCAGUGGCGCUGAUGAUGACCCACGGUCGUGGGAUGUCACAUACGAAAACACACAAACGGAAGGCUCGUGCGAAAAUCCAGACGCAACACAUCCUGUCAUCCUCCCAGGCAUAACUAACAAUACUCCCAUCAGUGCAAAUACAGAAGGGAAGAAGCCAGAGGACAACGAGCACGUACAAGAAGUCGUUACGUUACCGUCAGUGGUUGUACAGCCGCCUGAACCCGUGGCCACUCAAAGCGUGAUCACUGAAGUUAAUCUGCAGGACGACAACAAAAAGUCAAAGCCUCACCUGGAAGUCAAUUUUAACACUAAACCCACCCCUAUAGCGGAUUCAUGGGCACCGACACAAGACCCCAAAGACACUGUGGCAGACCAAAAGCCUCGACUCUUGAAUGCGAAUCGCCGAGCAGAAUGGAAUCAGUUUCAAUCAUUCUCAGACUCAUUCGACUUGGACAAACUGAAGCCCGUCUCCCCACCCAUACCCCGGAUGAAGAGCACAACCCCACCGUCUGAUACGGACUCUUCACCUCCGAAGCACUAUCCUGGCAGUUCGGAUAUUGCUUUGCCCCUGACAGUCGAUACAUACAAAGUCGGCCGAUCCAUUGUAAGACCCAGCCAAUCCCUUUCACGAAUCAAGGCUGGACCUAGCGGCCCCACGCCUCGAGAGGACGGGAUCAACAAAAGAUUUAGCCAAACGACAUCCCGUGAUGGAGCUCGUCGCCCGCACACGACACCCCUGCCAAACGUCCGUGUAGAAGACUGGGAUCAUCCCCAGAAGCUUGGAGAUACCUGUCGUGUCGAGCUUCGUCGAUUCGCAAGCUCAACCGACAUGAGUUCCAAUCUGCCUGCUCAGUUUGAAAAACAUCCGCGGAGCAAACUUCCGGAUGUCAUUGCAUUUUUCCUCAAAAUUGGCCUUGACCCAAAUGCUCGGAGUGGUCCUGACGAAGCUACAGCGCUCCACCACCUGAUCAGAAACUUCGCUGCAUGGAAGAAGUAUAGAGUCAAAUUACCAGAUCUUGCUAGACUGAUCAAAAUCCUUGUGGAUGCCGGUGCUGAUGUCAACAGCGUGGCUAAGCCUCCGGUAUUCGGUAAAAGCGGGCAGAUCUUGUCACAGACCAGUCCUCUCUACUGGGCUGUUAGCAAUAAUGACGAAGAAGCCGUAGCUAUGCUUCUCGAUCAAGGCGCCGACUGCCAGAAUGACUUCCAUAAUCUACUGGUACUAGCUGGAACCAAGGGAUGCUGGGGAGUGCUCGAGGAGCUCACGGGCAAGACAAACAGCCACAUUCGGAGCAAGAAAAGAAAGGCCAUCAACAUUAACGUUCCGCUGAAAGGGGGCGCGACAAUGGCGGGCGUGGCUCUUAUUGAAGUACAACCAGAAACGCUAGAGUUCCUGAUAAAUCGCUACUGCUACGAGCUCUCCCAAGAGCUCACCUUUGGAGCCAUUACGUCAUAUUUACGGAUCAAUCCUGACAGUGACGAGCUGAUGAGAAUGCGGAGAGACCUAGACCUAGGGUACGCAGAUAUGGCUCCAGGUGUGUCAUACAACAACCCAUUUGUCAUAUGCAGCAUCCUGUCCAUGGCAGACAAACUAGCAGUUCUUGUCAGACACAGAUACCCGCUGCGGAUGUACCUCACGGAGCCGGUCUACAGCUACAUCUUGAAACACUCUGUCAAGGAUGGGCAUGCUGAGGUUGCGGAGUUGCUCUUGGAUGCCCGCCCAUUCGAGGUGCAGAACACAAUUGAAUUGUGGGGAUAUGCAAGAAAGUCUGCCAAACUGAGGCGUAUACUGGUUGAGUACAGGAUUCCUGAGCCAAAGUCGAGCAAGCGGGGAACCCUUCUAGGACUCAUCAGUCGAGGCUAA